CAACUAUAGACUCUAUAAGAAACAGCGUGACCAAACAUAUGAUUUACAUUUCAACUAAUUAAAAAGUAACCUUAAUUAUUCUAAUGUCGGCUAUUCACUGUCUUGUUUUUAACCUUAUGCUCAACACCGACGAGAUUGAAAUAAUUGCAAAACCGUCAUCUUGUUUCUCUCCACACGAAUGCCAUCAAUUUUGUAGCAUUCACACUUUCACUCUUUUGAGUUUUGACCCGUCACUGGUACUAAUUCUUAAUAAAUCUUCAAUGCUUAGCCAUGUCAACUUGUUAGCAAGCAGAAUCAAGAAUCUAUCUAUAUAUAUGUUUGCAUGUGUUACUGUUUUAUUCAUAUUUCAGUUAUUGUGUUGAAGGGUUUUUGCGGGUUUUUGAAAAGUUGACAAGAAUCUAUAAGGUUCGUCAAUGUUAAUGAUGUUUCCUGGUCUUAAUAGAGAGGGAGAGAUGUCAGCUAUGAUCUCUGCUUUAACACAUGUCAUAUGUGGUGAUGAUCACAAUCACAACAAUGAUGGUGGCGGUGAUGAGAAUCAGAAUAUGAUUUCUGCAAUACAAUCUUCAACUUGUUUGUCUUAUGGUGACGAUAGUUCUGCUCUCAAGAGAAGAAGAGAAGAUGGUGGAUUCUUGGACAUUAAACAUCAAGUUGUAGAAUGUUCGGGAAAAUGGACGAAUACAAUCACAACGGAAAGGAAGCAAAGUGAAGAAACUAUAUACGAAUACAGAACAGACAAUAAGAAUGUGCCAAAUGAAGAUGAACCAAAAAGAAAAUACAGAGGAGUGAGACAGAGGCCAUGGGGAAAAUGGGCUGCUGAGAUAAGAGAUCCUUUCAAGGCUACAAGAGUUUGGUUAGGAACAUUUGAAACAGCUGAAGAUGCAGCCAAAGCCUAUGAUCAAGCUUCAUUGGGUUUUAGAGGAAACAAAGCUAAACUCAAUUUCCCUGAAAAUGUUAGACUCAAGCAACAACCUUUUGUUGAUCCACCAAUGACUCGUUCUAAUAGUGUCACUUUGUCACAUCAUUCUAGUACUGAUUCUAUGGUUCAGAAUGAAGCUCUUUAUAGUUUGCAAGGUUCAAACAAGUUUUAUGAUUAUUUUCAUGGUAAGAAUGUUCCCAUGGCUUCUUCUCUUCAGAGUUCAAUGUCGCCUUCAGCUUCAUAUUCUUCUUCUUCUUUUAGUUCUCCACAGACAACUUCUUCAGUUCCUUCUGUUUAUUCUACUCAGUUGCCAGCAUGGUCUUCUGGUUAUAGCUCCUCUCCCUCAGCCUGAUAUUCAUCCAUUUUAUUUUAGAAUACUAGAUUACAAAAGUAUGCGUAUUGUUUUUCUUUGGUAUUUUCCUAUAAUUUAACUCUCUCCCUCUUUUUUUUUUGUUCCUUAAUAUUAUCAUAAAAUUUUGGGGAAGUUUGAAUUGCUUAGAAAAGAGAGGGAGAGCAAAAGGAAUAGUAAAAAUGUAAUAAACUAUGUAGUAAAGAAAGAAGAAAAAAAUGAAAUAGAAAUAGAUUAUAUAAAACUAAUAGGAAAAUAUAAGAAAAUUAAGUCUACUACUGUUACUAUCUCCUUUGAAUGAAUUUGUAAAUUGUAUCGUGAUGAUUUUUCUUGGAAA